AUGCCCUUUCUGCGCAUGCCCAGGCUGCUCUUCGGGCCGGAGGCCAGCCUGCGGCCCUGGUGCGCGUGGCACGCGGAGCUGCUGAGCCUGCUCGGGCACAGCAGCAUGUUGGACCUCCGCGCCGCCUGGCGCCUCGCGGGAGGCGCCCCAUCAGACUCCUUCCACCUAGUGAUGCUGGCCACUGACACUGGCCUCAUGCUCGUGAACCUGGGCCGCAGCACCAUGGCGCCAAGGUCGACCCACAGUGCGUCCCGGUGGAGGGCGCACUCCAACAGUUUGGAAAACCUGGACUUCUCGGCCCUCCAGAAGGCGCAGAAGGCUUCCGAGAUCGCGGAAUACAUGCAGCGAACCUCGGACUGCAUCCGCCCUCGCGCGCUCAGCCUCAUUGGUCGGUCGCUCGGUCAUGGCGCGAUGGGCCAGAGAGAGGGCAGAGAGAGCGGCUGGCUCGACGGCCGACUUCCAGGCGUCGCGCGCAAGAUCACGACAAAUAAGUACCUCUGGCUCAAGCACUCGCAGCCGAACACUUUCCGCAUAGUCACAACGAUGCCAGAAGACAGGCACGAGCACAACACCCCAGCGGUCCUGGCGUACUUGGUCCGCUGCGAGUCAUUCAACGACCCGCCCACGUUCAUGCCACCAGCCUCUGGCACCUCGGGCCCCGCCACCUCGUACUCUAUGGCCGAACACUCGCUGGUCGAACCGUCGCCACGGCGCCUCGCAAACCGCCACACGGACCAGCCUUUAGACAAGUAUUGCCGCAAUUUGCCAGGCAACAUAGCUCCACCAGCCUGGGCGUGCGCCACGUCAGCCUCGCUGGCAAAGGACACGUGCUCCCUCAGCAUGCGCUUGUGGAAGGAGCGCCUGCGGAAAAGGCAGCAGAAGGGCCGGGACUCGGCCGAGCUGCUGCUCAGCCGGGCCGGGGUGUUGCGGCGGGCCUCGGAGCACAGCGCGGAGCGUGCGUGCGUGCUGAAGGUUAAAUUUCGCUCGGUCAAUUAUGGUACCGACAGAGCGCUGCAGCUGUUUCUACGACAGCGGAUUUUGAACGGGUCGAUUGCUAGCGAAGAUUGCCAGCACAUGUUGGUUCCUGACGGUCCUGACGUGUCGGGCACCCUGUGGGAGCAUAAGAGGCCUGCAGGCACGGAGCUCCCGGGGCCUCCUCGCUCGGUGACGUUUGAGCUCAAGCAUCGGCAUGCUCUGCAGCGGGCGCACCGGCAAGUGUUCUUGUCUCCCUCGAUGGCGGACGGCAAAGGUGCCUUCUCGACGUCUGCGGCCGCCUCGUGA